AUGGAUACCCACGCAGACGAAGACGAAUCAUCAUCCGCACUGAAGUGUUUGUUCCGCCACGACGUGCCGGACUAUGAAGAGGGAGGUAACCCUGAGCUGAAGAACAGCGCUGACCUCUGGUCAUCACUGUCUCCUGAAUUGGAUGAAGUCGCUGAUGAAGCUAUAAAGCUGCUCUCUGCAUCUUGCGACACUGAACUGGACUAUGAAGAGGGAGGUAACCCUGAGCUGAAGAACGGCGCUGACCUCUGGUCAUCACUGUCUCCUGAAUAUGAUGAACUCGCUCAUGAUUCUAUCAAGCUGCCCUCUGUACCUUGUGACACUGACCUGAUUUCUGAUCGACUGCAGGAUGCUGAGAAGGAAGAUUCUCUCCAGCUGAGAAAGGACAAUUCUGAACAUGGACUUUCUGAUGAAGAUGAACAAAUCGUCGGCAGUCUUGCUGCAGAUGGAUCACAUCUUCUUAAUAUUGACCUCAAUGUCUGCUCAGCCCGUUUCCAUUGCUUUACUCUUCCUGAAAUUAGGACAGUUCUUCAAAGGGACAAGCCUACGGUAGUUUGUAUUUCUGGAGUGGAAAGACUUCGUGAGUCCGCUGAGGUUCUUGAUUUGAUAAAGGGUAAGCGCGAGAGGUCAAAAGAUUUAUCCUUCUAA